CUUGAAUUUGACCCCUAGAACGCCUAGUUUCACUUUGAUCAAAGUCGAGUUUUCAGUAUAAUGUAACUUGAUGAUAGUUAGAAAUACUAUUGAGAAGAAGUCAGAAUGAGUGCCUUUAUUGGAGACAUGACUCGAGAGUCGAGGGAUGAAAUUCAGACUGAGGCUUCUGUUAAUCCAGAGGAGGAAUCAGACCAGAGACAAGAGACUCAGUCGGCCUCACCGCCGUCCACUCCUCAGACCAGACACUCUCUGCUGACAAGGGGAGGUUUACGACAUCGUAUGUUACAAAAAACGGGCCUCACCCAGCCUCAACCUCAGGAUGACACCGUGGAAUAUCCAACAGAUGAUCAGUACGGACUGUUUGAACAGGGAAGAGACUAUGAGCCAGUAUAUGUGACCCACAAGUACACUAAAGAAGAGCAGAGAACUCUGAGCUCCUUUGAAAGUGUGGAUUAUCUCCCUCCACACAGUGAAAUCUACAAAAGAUGGCUGAAAAAUCAGGGUCCCUUAGGGUAUAACUUGGGGAGAUGGGUAAUUAUGGGAUUGAUUGGUUUCUUUGUGGGAAUGAUUGGUUUCCUGCUUCAUGAUUUGAUAGAAGAAAUUGCUCAUUUAAAAUGGCACCUGACCCGCCAGUUUAUAGAUGACAAUGAUUUUGGACUGGCUUGUGUUGUAGCCACUGCAUACAGCCUUGUUUUCAUCAUAUUUAGCUCAUUUAUAGUAGUGUUUUUACGACCCAGUGCUGGAGGUUCAGGGAUCCCUGAAGUCACUGGCUUUCUGAAUGGGACCAUGGUAAGGCAUAUAUUUAAUGUGAAGACAUUGGCUGUAAAGUUCUUCUCCUGUCUGGCAGCUGUAGGGUGUGGUCUACCAGUAGGACCGGAGGGACCAAUGAUUCAUAUGGGAGCACUUGUUGGAGCUGGGCUAAGCCAGUUUCAGUCGGAGACACUCAAAAUCAAUCUUCCCAUCUUUCAAAGAUUUAGAACUUCAGAGGACAGACGUAACUUUAUAUCUGCUGGAGCUGCGGCUGGGGUGGCCUCUGCCUUCGGCUCCCCUGUGGGGGGCCUCUUGUUUUCUAUGGAGGAGGUAUCAUCAUUUUGGACCACAACUCUCUCCUGGCAAAUUUUCUUCUGCUGCAUGAUCUCCACCUUUACAACUGAUCUCUUUAAUUCGGCUUUUGAUGGAUUCAAGUAUACAGGGGGAUUUGGACAGUUUAAGACAACUAGAUACAUUCUCUUUAAUGUUGAGAGAGGUAUAGAUGUGAACAUUCUGAUGUUCAUUCCUACAAUUAUUAUUGGACUAAUCGGAGGCCUCCUGGGGGCUGUAUUCACUAUCCUCCAUUUAAAGAUGACCCGCAGCAGAAAGCGACUUCUAGCUAACAUCAAAAGUGAAUGGCUUCAGAAACUAUUGAGGAUAUUUGAGCCUGCAAUAAUAAUAAUUAUCGUUACCAUUCUCUCGGUGUACCUCCCACAAGCCUUUGGUUGUACUAAGUUCACCUGUAUAGAGGGGGUCAGUGGAGAUGUCAGCGUGAACUGCAUGAAUGACACAAGGAACCCACUACAUGUUGAGGCCACAGUAGAAACAUACAACUGUAAGAAAGGGGGCAUAACUGGAAUGACCAAUACGACUGUGUACACCAACAGUACUUAUAAUGAAAUGGCUACCUUGAUGUUUGGGACCCUGGAGAAUGCGGUGAAGCGCCUGUUUUCCCGGGACACACACUUACAGUUUGGGUUUGGUUCUCUGCUGACUAUGCUGGUUAUCUACUUCCUGCUGAUCUGCUGGGCGACCGGAACCUCUGUGGCUAGCGGCGCUCUCGUACCCAUGCUUUUGGUGGGUGGUCUCUAUGGGCGAGCAGUGGGGCUCUUGAUGACCUCCAUGUUUGGGGUACACAGUGAAGACUUUGGGUACUGGGCCUGGAUGGACCCGGGGGUUUUCUCACUGAUUGGGGCGGCGUCAUUCUUUGGAGGGGUCACCAGGCUGGCCUUGGCUGUCACUGUUAUCAUGAUGGAGCUGACCAAUGAUGUGCAGAUUCUCCUGCCUGUAAUGGUGUCUGUAAUGGUGGCCAAGUGGGUUGGGGAUUUCUUUACUCACCCUAUCUACCAUGCCCUACUGGAACUGAAGUGUAUACCAUUACUGGAUCCUGAACCUAGGGUUAGGAUAGACAACGCUCAACUGAACCUUGACCUGUUUGCGGCCGGUGACAUCAUGUCAUCCCCGGUGAUCACGGUACAGACCCGGGAGUCGGUCUCGGUUCUCUCCACCCUCAUACUGAACACCACCCACGGGGGAUUCCCUGUCAUCCAGAAAACUGAGAACGGCAGUGAGAGCUUCUUCGGAACAAUAACCAGGAUGGAGAUCAUAGUUCUCUUGAAGACAGACUGUUUAUUUAAAUCAGAGAAUGACACAGAGGAAACUCUAAAUGAUGAUGGACCAUCCUGGGUGGAAUAUGACAAAUUGCAUAUCCACAAACUGGUAGACCCUCAUGAUACCUCCUUGAUGCUACAGAAGUAUGUCACCGAUGCUCGCUAUAGCAAACUCUACAUUGACCUGCAACGAUUUACAAACCAGUCAGCCUUAUCGAUCCAGGAGAAGUUCUCACUACAGAGAACGUACAUAAUUUUCCGAACUCUCGGAUUACGACACUUGACGGUCGUGGACAGCAUGAAUGGGGUCAAGGGCAUCAUCACAAGGAAGGAUCUGAUGGGAUUCUACAUGGAAGAGAGGCUGGAGGAGAAAAUGAAAAGGAGGCCGACCUUGGAGCUGAAUGACCUUCUGCAGGGUGAUGACGACGAAACUAACCAUGUUGUAUGAGAAACUGGAGAAGAAAGAAUUGAACAACUUUUUUUACUACAGGUUUUGAUGUGUGUGUUACUAAUUCUGAGGCAUUUAGAUAGUGCUUAUAACUCUAAUAGAUGUAUUUUAAUAUAAAGGAAUUAUAUUCCAGUAUCUAAUUUGUAACAAAAAAUGUAUUGCACUAAAUCUUAAUUGGUGCAGUUAAGCAUUCUGGCAAAAUAUUUCAAUCUAAGAAUAUUGCUUAUUUUUUCUGAAAAUUUCUCCAGUCUGAACUUUCUCUGGUUCAACUUUUGAUUACCAAUGGCUGGUUACAUACGGUUUUACUGUUAGCUUGUAUCAUGAAAAGGAUAACAGAUUUUAAGAUGUUGAUAAAUUGUCUAUUAAUGGUAAAACAAGAAGAAGAUAUUUCAGGGUAGAUAUGUGCCAAAGUUUUUGUUAUUUUUUAAAGAUUUAUUUACAGUAUAAGAAUUAAUUAUUAAGUUACAUGUAAAAGGUUGUGAGUCAAUGGUGUAUAUAUACCGUGAAUAUGGUUAUUUAUUUCUGAUUGAAGAUAUAUUUUUCAGUACAAUAAGUAAGAAUAUAAUUUUUUAAUUACAAGAGUACACUGGAGGUUGAGUUAGGAUUUGAAAUCUAGUGCCCCUUUUCAAGUAUAUCCCUUGUUUUCCAAAGGGGAUGUAGUGGUGUAUGUAUAAGGGGUGCUGGUAAAUCAAUCUGCAUUACAUUUUUGAAAAUAUUUAUGCACAGACAAUCAUAGGCAUAAUUUUGAAAUAUAUUUGUUUAUAAUACUCUAGUUUACAUUUGCUGAUUAUACUUUAUCUUUUUAAACUAAAUUAAAAUCUAUAGUGUAAAGUUGUUUAUUGAUGGUAUUUCCCCCGUUUCACUUGGGGACUUUUUAGUACUCCUUUACCUAAGAGCUCCAGCAAAAGCUCUGAAGUUUGGUAUGUCUUUAUUGACUUUUAAAAUUCACUCCUGUUAGUAAAUGUUACUAAAUGAAGAUUUUAAAAUUAUUUCUGAAUCAAUACAUAUGAUUGGGAAUAAGCUCUUUAGAUGUUGUAUCCAUGGAGGUACAUCUUGCUUUCAGAGGAUGCAAUUUUAUUUCAUGAAUUUUGCAUAAAACUUUUUAAAAUACUCGUAGUGAUCAGAAAUCCAUACUUGUUACUUUGUUACUAUAUCCUGAAGGUUGAUAGAGUUUUGUCGUAUAUUUAAUCUUAUUGAUACUUGUUAAUGUACAUUCCAUAUCCCUGGUAAGAAGGACUUUUCCUUGAUAUUUGUCUAAUUUGUUUUUCUUCUUUUGAUACUAACAAUUUAUUUAUGAUAAACAUGUUUUUGGACUAAUAGUGUAAGUUUGUGAAUACUGAUAACAUCUGGCACCAGAAUCAUAAAACAUCUGAAGCUUAAGUCAAAAUUUUUAUAUUAUACUAAAAUGUUGAAGAAGUCAAACAAACAAAAAUUAAAAUUUUUAUCAAUAUUGCUUUAGCAAAAUUUUUUGAAAUCUGCAAAUUUUGAGAUUAUUUUAUCAAUUAAGAAAUAUUUCACAGGCUGUUGAAAAUUUGACAUAAGUCUUGGUCUGUUUCAUGAUCCUGAGGCCUGAUGUGAUAACAAUAUACCAUGUCUCGCAAUGUAUAUGUACUUAAGAGGUCAUGCUUGGUUGCUGCAGAUAACAGUGGAUCAACACAAAGUCUGGGACAUCUAAUGUUUUUGAGAUACCUGAUGUUUUUAAAAUGGUAAUUUUGUAUUUAUUUAAGGUUAAAAAAAAUUGAUUUUGAAUUUUGUUGAUAAUAUUACAAAAUGUAUAUGAGAUUGCAAUUUUUUUGCAAACAGAUCGUCUCGUAUAAUAUUUCAAAUAUAAACUUCUCAUAAAAUAAAAAGUGAUUUACAUGCAGUAAAACAAGACAUGCAUUUACACUAAUUUGGAAAUAAAAUAAGUACAUAUAUAUUACAUUUGGAAUGUUUGCCACAUCAAGUACGCUUUUCCAUUAACUAUUAUUUUAUACUGUUACUGUGAGAAUGUUACACUUUUAUAUCUCCUGUAUACUCCCUGUUUUGUGCAAUAUAUGUAUAUUUUGCCAUGUCUUGCGAAUAAAGUUUUGAAUUCACUUAA